GUUUUUCUGCUGAGGCGCGAACCCAAUUGCCGUUUUUAUUGGCAAAAUUUGGGUCCGGGAGCUAGCCUUACUCUGAUUGGCCAAGCUACCAAGUUUCUGCGCAGGGGUUGGCUUCUAGAUAGACAAGGCGGGUCUAGAGGAGGAAGUUUGGUGGUCGGCGCUCAGCAGCGUAGCAGGCAUCGCUUGCAGGAGCUGAGUCUGUUUCGCCCUACCUCAGCAACUUACUCCAUGGCAGUUCCCGAGACCCGCCCCAACCACACUAUUUAUAUCAACAAUCUCAAUGAGAAGAUCAAGAAGGAUGAGCUGAAGAAGUCCCUGUAUGCCAUCUUCUCCCAGUUUGGCCAGAUCCUGGAUAUCCUGGUGUCACGAAGCCUGAAGAUGAGGGGCCAGGCCUUUGUCAUCUUCAAGGAGGUCAGCAGUGCCACCAACGCCCUGCGUUCCAUGCAGGGCUUCCCCUUCUACGACAAGCCCAUGCGCAUCCAGUACGCCAAGACUGACUCGGAUAUCAUUGCCAAGAUGAAGGGCACCUUCGUGGAGCGGGACCGCAAGCGGGAAAAGAGGAAGCCCAAGAGCCAGGAGACCCCAGCUGCCAAAAAAGCCGUGCAGGGAGGGGCAGCCGCCCCUGUGGUGGGCACCGUGCAAGGGCCUGUCCCGGGCAUGCCGCCGAUGACUCAGGCGCCCCGCAUCAUGCACCACAUGCCGGGCCAGCCCCCCUACAUGCCGCCACCGGGCAUGAUCCCGCCUCCAGGCCUGGCGCCUGGCCAGCUCCCGCCGGGGGCCAUGCCGCCACAGCAGCUUAUGCCGGGGCAGAUGCCACCUGCCCAGCCUCUUUCAGAAAAUCCACCAAAUCACAUCUUGUUCCUUACCAACCUACCGGAAGAGACCAACGAGCUCAUGCUUUCCAUGCUUUUCAACCAGUUCCCUGGGUUCAAGGAGGUCCGGCUGGUCCCUGGGCGGCACGACAUCGCCUUCGUGGAGUUUGACAAUGAGGUGCAGGCAGGGGCCGCUCGAGAUGCCCUGCAGGGCUUCAAGAUCACCCAGAACAACGCCAUGAAGAUCUCCUUUGCCAAGAAGUAGCACCCUUUCCCCAUGCCUGUCCCCGGCCCCCUGUUCUGGGGCCACCCCCUCCCCCCUUGGUUCAGCCCCCUGAAGGUAAGUCCCCCUUGGGGGCCUUCUUGGAGCCGUGUGUGAGUGAGUGGUCGCCACACAGCAUUGUACCCAGAGUCUGUCCCCAGACAUUGCACCUGGCGCUGUUAGGCUGGAAUUAAAGUGUUUUUUGC